CAAAAAUCCGUUUCAACCGAAACUUUAUUUGUUAUUGUAAACAGCUGAUUAUGGGAAGCAUAAACAAGAGUUAUAUGCUUCUUCUUCACUUUUGCCAUUCACCGUAUUCCCAGACAUGUGAGCCACUGCAGAUUGGUUAAAAAGUCAACGAUGCCACAAAUUGCAAAUAAACCAAAUGAGUCCACAAUAAGAGUGCCGUUUGAAACGCCACGGCUGGCUGAGAUCGCCUACAGAGUGCUUAGUGUCGACCAAGAACCUCGCCGAAAUUUCGUGCAGAAAACUUUGAGCUUGGAUGGCGAUGUCCUGGUGGUUAAUUUCCAAGCCGACCAAGUAAAAAGCUUGCGCACGGCCAUCACCUCCUUCUUUGAGUGCCUGCUUCUCUGCCAGGACACCAUUAAGCAGUUCGGAGACUCCAAAGAAGACAAAGUAAUUACUGAGAGCGAGGAUAAUGCCGGAACACAGUCCGGCUCCGACUCCACAUAG